CCCGCGCGCGCCCCAGCAGGGCACCCCGGACGAGAACCCUGCGCCGCGAGCACCCAUCCGCCGCCAUGGCCUUGCUCCGAGGUGUGUUUAUUGUGGCUGCUAAGCGAACGCCCUUUGGAGCUUACGGAGGUCUUCUGAAAGACUUCACUGCUACCGACUUAGCCGAAUUUGCUGCCAAAGCUGCUUUGUCUUCUGGCAAAGUGCCACCUGAAACUGUUGACAGUGUCGUUGUAGGCAAUGUCACACAGACUUCUACAUAUGCUAUCUACUUGGCAAGGCAUGUUGGUUUACGUGUGGGAAUCCCAAAAGAGACCCCAGCUCUCACUGUUAAUAGGCUCUGUGGCUCUGGCUUCCAGUCCAUUGUGAAUGGAUGUCAGGAUAUUUGUGUUAAAGACUCUGAAGUUGUCCUGUGUGGAGGAACCGAAAACAUGAGCCAGUCUCCCUACUGUGUCAGAAACGUGCGUUUUGGAACCAAGCUUGGAGCAGAUCUCCAGGUUGGAACCAUUAAUCUUUCUGUCCUUUCAGCUAAUGAUGCUGGCUACUUUAAUAAUGAAAUGGUGCCCAUUGAAGUGAAGACAAGGAAAGGGAAACAGACAAUGCAAGUAGAUGAGCAUGCUCGGCCCGAAACAACACUGGAACAAUUACAAAAACUUCCUCCAGUAUUCAAGAAAGAUGGAACCGUCACUGCAGGGAAUGCAUCGGGGAUAUGUGAUGGUGCUGCAGCUGUUAUCAUAGCUAGUGAAGAUGCUGUUAAAAAACAUAACUUCACACCACUGGCAAGAAUUGUGGGCUACCAUGUGUCUGGAUGUGAUCCCUCUAUCAUGGGUAUUGGUAAGUGUUUUUUUAAGGUGAAUGAAGCUUUUGCUCCCCAGUACCUGGCUGUUGAGAAGAGUUUGGGUCUUGAUCCAAGUAAAACCAAUGUGAAUGGAGGAGCCAUUGCUUUGGGUCACCCCUUGGCAGGAUCUGGAACAAGAAUUAUUGCACACCUGGUUCAUGAAUUAAGGCGCCGAGGUGGAAAAUACGCCGUUGGCUCAGCUUGUAUUGGAGGCGGCCAAGGUAUUGCAGUCAUCAUUCAGAGCACAGCCUAAGGAGACUGAGGAGCCCACUAUGACCCACUCUUGCUCUCCUUGGCCAGGCCACAGUAAAACAGGUGACCUUCGGAGCAGCUGCCACAACUGGCUGUGCCCUGCCACUGAAACAGUGAUUGAGUGUGAUCAAGCCAUGGCGAGGCAAAAAUGCAUUUAUCAUGAAUAAGAGCCUAUGCCAGACAGAAGUAGGUUCUCAAAUUUGCACCAAAUAUGA